AUGGGCACCCUGACUCGUGAGGACCUGAAGGAUCUUUUCCCAGGCCCAGAAAAUUUCUUGAGGAGGAAAGCAAUCUGGGAUUCAUGUCAUGGUGAUGUUGAGGUCAGUCUACAAAAUUAAGUGACAACCUACUGUGCAUGACUUAAAUCCACACCACACCAAUAAUUUGCCAUGCAACUCAUCCAAAACUUAACAGAUUUAAGAUAUGUCACAUCAAUGCAACUGCCUUUGAGGAUCCUGGUUGCAAGUAGUUGCAUGGCAAAUCAUUGAUGUGGUUUGGACUUUAUAGGGGAUUCACACUACAGCAGAAUGAAGUGAAGCGGACCCGAGGGUCACCAGAACUUUCAGCCCUUUUCCCACUCAGACCUUUUUUCUGGAAGGGUCAGCCCCAUUUUCAAGGUACUUUAUCUUUGCGGUCGUGCAUCAAAUGCCAACAUUCAAUACACCAAAUGAAUCACAAAACCGAGCUCUACAACAUGGAACAGUAGUAGUCUACUACUGUUCCAUGUUCUACUAGUAGAGCAUCUAAACCCUAAACCGUCCAAAUGGCAAGCCAUUUUUGUAUGAUUGGCAUGAACGGUUUACGGUUUAGUUGCUCUACCACGGUUCCAUGUUUAGAGCACAUUCUUGUGAUUCAUUUGGUGUAUUGGAUGUUGGCAUUUGAUGCACAAACCGUAGAGAAAAAUUACCUUGAAAAUGGUUCCGAGCCUUCUGGAAAAAAGGGCAGAGAGGGAAAGGGGUUGAGAGUUCUAGUGAACCUUGGAUACGCUUCACUUAAUUCUGACUUGAUGUGAAUCCCCUCUUAGAAUCAACACAGACAUUUAGGAACAGUGGCUAUGGCCUAAGAAAGUGGUCAAUUGUUAAACCAUUUUGGACAGAAAGUAAGUUCACUUAAAGUGUUACAUAGGUACAGGUAGUUUAACUGUAGGAGGGAACAUCUUUGGCAUUCUACAAGCCUGCCUAUAUAGAUGAAUGAAAAAUUUACUAGUUAACACAGGAAAAAAGGAAAUGUGUAUUUUGCCACUACUUCAUAAUCUUUUAUUUUUUAGGAACCCGGCCGAGAAGACUCGACCAUUUCUACUCCCCCGCCACCCCUGUCACCCCUGCCACAGACCUCCACACCGGUUCAACCAAUUGCCCCCCACUCAACCCCUGAAAAGGUUGUGAAGUUAUUCUUCCCAGAGUAUGUUGUCCACACAGACACCGAACUUGAACACGUCAGAAAUGAAUACUUUGAGUUGGCGAAGAAGGGUGAAGAGCAGAACUGCCAAAUGUCCAAGGACCUCAGAUGCCGGCUCAUCUGUAACACCAUGACCAGUAUGAUCGCAAUCCUGAGGGCAAAUGGGGAUGCUGAGUCUGACAGAUACCCAUCAAAGCCAGAGGUUACAGCUAUGGCAAAAAGAAUUGUCAAGUACUACCCCAUGCUGCAGGACCUGGGCAAAAAGAACACCUGGGUAGGUGAAAUGUUUCAAGUUGACGAUUCAAGUGUUUAUAAUUUUAAAGGAGUAACGAAUGCUUUUACUUUUGUGUUCUAAAGGCUACUGUGUAUGGACAGCUCUUCAAAAGAUUGCAAAACGUGAGAUCCCCCCAAAAGACCUUUCCAGAUGGGAGACCUUCAAAGAAGCGCCAUCUCAAGCAAAAGAUGCCCCAUCCUGAGCAGACAACUGACACAGAUGAAAUGGAAUCAACUCCGUCAAGUGACUCGACCAUCAUUCUAGACCCAUCUUCAGAAGAGAAUACAGCUAUGGACUCUGCCAAUUAAGAAAGAGGUGGCCUUUAAAUUUAUAUUUACACAUUUUUUUCUUAUUAGUUUUGCCUUCAACUUGUGUAAAAAUAGUUUUCAUGAUGUAGUCAUAAGUACAAUUAGUAUUAAGGGUUAGUAUUAGCAAAUGUGUAUUCUGGUUUGACUAGAAGCAUUACAUAUUUAAAGGUAGUGAUUUUUAUAUUCAUUUUAUUAAAGGUUCAAUUAUGUGUAUGUUUGUGUGUCAGCAGAAAUCAACAUGUCACCAGACCGCGACGGUUCUGACUCUGACAGUCCAAAGACCAUGGCCAAGCACUACAAAACUCUGCAGGCUUUGUUCAAAAAGAAAAAUCCAAACAACGAAGCUGUCUCGCAGCUCCUGGAUUUGGAAUUCAAAGCCAGAAGAGCCAUCAUCGAUUUAGAUUCCACUCUAGAGGAGAACAGAUACUACAACGUCAUAGAGGCAUAUCCUUGUUUCAAGGUCAUUGGACAUGUAAGUGAUUGUUGACAUAAUUCAAAACAUAUGCCAUGGCAUGUUUUGACAAUUUCCUGCCCUAAAUUCAACAUCUGUAAUAUAUCUUGAAUAUCUCAGGUGAUGGAGGAACUUCGCCGCAUCGUGGACAAGAACAACAGCAACUACAUUGCUGAACUGAAAGAAAGAUGGCACAACUUCUGCCAGAAGGUCUUGUUUUAUGGCGUGUCAAAGAACAUGAUGAAAUGUCCAAUGGGAAUGACCAAAAGUAAGCACCGAUGGCUGUCAAAUCAUAAAAUUCAGUUUUGAAAUUUAGCUGUUCCAGAUUCAGAGUGCAUUUCAAUGUGUAAAUGUAAUGAAUCUUUUCCUCUACAGUUGAAAAUGCUCUCAUGAUCCUCCGUGCACUGCCAUCACUGUUCCCCUCUCCAUCUACUGCUCCAAAGAAGUGAGACCCGAGUGAGGCUCUGGUGUAUGUCCUGGAGGUGAGCUGUGUACAAUUUUACACUAUCUGUUCAAAGCAAGCACAGCCUGUCAUGUUGAAAUAGUUAAACGUGAAGGUCUUAACUUAACAAGGAUGUUGCUGGCUUAGGUUUGAAAAAGAAGAUUUUAAACAAUAAAAAGAGUCUGCACGCCAAUUUUAUGAACUCACUGCUUACUUUAAUUGGUGUGCAGACUGUUUUUAUUGUUUAAAGUAUCACUGUUUGGAUCCAGCACCCAGCCAUAUUUGCCAUUUGAGGUGCGUGUCUCGGCUAUUUUGGCCUUUUUUCUAUUAUAAAAAGAAGACUGAAAUGAACCUUGAAACAAAAGUGCAUUACUCGUAGAAGGGAUGUGUGUGCUUUUGUGUUUUAGGACAAAGACCCCAAUGUCUACUUGAAGAAGUGUCCUCUGUCCUGUCCCGUGCUGCUUGUGAGUGAGUUCAACUGCCUCCUGGCUAUAGGGGAUGAGCCCAUACAUACACUCGCAAAAUGUGAGGUUGUGGAUGGUGUUUUGUACCUUAUGGCCUACUAUUAUGCCAUACACCUUACAUACCCCAAGUGUGUAGCCACUCUGCUUUCUGUCAUACAAACAGAAGUCCUCUUGGACGAAAUCCAUGAGAGAGACCUCACUCCUUCUUACAAGAAGGCCAUUGCUGAUUGGACAGCUUUCAACAACCCAAGGCAAUAG